AUGUAUCCACCGGCUCGAUACUCGAAUGGGCAAGCAAUACUCUGUGGUGCUGGUCCUCAAAUGAUGUUCCAUGGUGGCACGACGCCCUCUCCAAAAAUCACCCCGAAACUCAAUGAAGACGGUUGUCCAUUGGACCACAAGUGCGUCAUGGGUGCAUUUUUCGGAUUCUGCUGCAACCGAGCCAACGAAGAUCGAUUCAAUGUUGCUUAUCAUCCGAAAUGUAGCAAUGGUCGUGAGCCAUACUCGGAAGCGAUGGAUUCGUGGCGGGAGAUCCGAUUCGGGAAGUCGUGUAAGGAUAACUUCUGUCCUUCAGGAUAUAAGUGCCAUGAUGCCGACAUCUUCGCUUAUUGUUGCUGA